GUCCUACCAACAUCUCCGCCCACAGAAAUGACGUAGGUGGGGGGUUGAUCAGCUGAUUGUGACCGAACAAAUGAACCAAAAUAAAACGUUUUUUUUUCUUUUUCAAAGUCGUUAAACUUCGACUGACAGUCCAGGAUUUUCAAGUUGGAUACUGUUGACAUGCUUUAUUUGGAUCGUCAUCAUGGACAAGAUUUUGGAGGGCCUCGUGAGCUCUGAUCACUCUGUUCUAGUGAAGAGGGCCAUUGUGAAGAAGGUAGUGGAAGCAGCGGAGAAAGAGGUGACCGAGGAGCAGUGUCGGGCGCUGUUUACUGUCACCACCCGUCUCAUCUUGCUCGGUGAAGAUGCCUUCCAGAAGCAGAUUGGCUCCCAGGUUUUGGAGGCCUAUGCACGCUACCACCGCCCAGAGUUUGAGCGUUUCUUCAGCAAAGACUUUGUCGUCAGUCUUCUCCAGCAGGGCUAUGGCCAGCUGAACCACAGAGACCCAGCCAUAAUAGACUACAUUCACUGCUGCCUGCGGCUGCUCAUCAGCUGCCCCUCAGUGUUGGAGAUCUUCAGCAUGAUCCAAGUGGAGGUUUUGAGGAUGGUGUGUGAACGCCCGGAGCCCGCCGUUUGUGCCCGCCUGAACGCUUUGCUGUCUGACUUUGUGCAGUGCAUCCCGAGGGAUAAGUCGGGCGUUUUGUUCUGCCAGCAGCUGGUCAGGACCAUCAGUUACUUCCACUGCUUUUCCAGCCAAGAGCAUGAGCUGAGGGAGUAUGUGGGCCAGGUGACCAAGGUUAGCACACUUCUGCAGAACAUCUGGAAGGCUGACCCCGCCACUCUGCUCCCCUCACUGCAGGAGGUCUUUGCAAUUAUCUCUUCCACAGACCCCGCUUUUGAGCCCUCCAUCUCCCUUGCCAGCCUGGUCCAGCACAUCCCCGUCCAGAUGAUCACCGUGCUCAUCAAGAGUCUCACCACAGACCAGAAUGUCAAAGACGCGAGCAUGACUAAAGCGCUCUGCAGGAUGAUUGACUGGCUCUCUUGGCCUCUGGCCCAACAUGUUGACACCUGGGUCAUCGCUCUACUGAAAGGACUCGCUGCAGUUCAGAAGUUCACAAUCCUUAUUGAUGUCACUCUGCUGAAGAUUGAACUGGUAUUCAGUCGUCUAUGGUACCCUAUAGUGCGGCAGGGGGCGCUAGCUGUGCUCUCUCAUAUGCUGCUGAGUUUCCAGCACUCUCCCGAGGCCUUCCAUUUGGUUAUUCCACAUGUGGUGCAUCUCGUCCAAUCCUUGAGGACAGACGGUCUCCCCACCAGUAAAGCUUUCUUGCUGCAGUUCACCGAGCUCAUACACUGCAUGAUGUACCAGUACUCCGGCUUCCCCGACCUCUAUGACCACAUACUAGAGGCCAUCAAGGAUAUCCCAAAACCUGGAGAGGAAAAGAUCAAACUGGUGUUGAAUCAAAGUGCCUGGACAUCGCAGUCAAACUCCUUUGUGUCUGGUCUGCUGAGGCAAGCGGGGAAGUCUGAGACGGGCAAGACGGGCCUGGUCAACCUGGGGAACACCUGUUACAUGAACAGCAUCAUCCAGACCCUUUUCAUGGCUACAGAUUUCAGGAGGCACGUUUUAUCGUUACAGCUAAACGGCUCCAACACACUGAUGAAAAAGCUUCAGUUGCUCUUUGCUUUCCUUGCGCACACUCAGAGGGCAGCAUAUGCUCCCAAAAACUUCUUGGAAGCAUCUCGGCCUCCCUGGUUCAACAUGGGCUCUCAGCAGGACUGUUCUGAGUACCUCAGGUUUCUUCUAGACAGGUUACAUGAGGAGGAGAGAACAAUUCAGGUCUUGGAAUCGGCUAAGCUAAAGGUGUCCUCCUCCGCUGACCCAAGCGAAAAAGACUCGACAGGUCAGACUCCUCCAGAGGAGGGGGAAGAGUUGCCUUCGGCUCCCGCGGAAACCAAUGACGGGAAGACUUUGACAGAAACGAUGUUCGGUGGGAAGCUGAUCACCGGUAUUCGCUGUAUGCAGUGCAACUGCAUCUCUGAGAAAGAGGAGCCUUUUACAGAUCUGUCUUUGGCCUUCUGUCCCUCUGCCACCUCUCAGAAUGGCCCUCAGACCGAGGGGCCCCCAGAGCAGCCCAAGGUUCUCUGUCAAGGAUCUGUUAAUGGUGGCAGUGAAAUUCCUGAAGCAGGCAAAGCCGCGGCUAGCAAUGUCCCGUUUGUGCCAGUGACAAAUGAGCCUCCUCUCUCUGUGCCAGACCUGGUGAACUAUUUUCUGGCCCCAGAGACCCUAGAUGAAGACAAUGCCUAUUUCUGUGAGAAGUGUAGCUCCCUCCAGCGGGCAGAGAAGACCUUGAAAGUGGUGUCUGCACCCGAGUACUUGAUCCUCACCCUGCUGCGAUUCUCGUAUGAUGCCAAAUGCCAUGUCCGGAGGAAGAUUCUGGACAACGUCACCAUCCCGCCACUCAUGCGACUUCCAGUACACGGCCCUUCAAUGACUGCACAAUGUUCCUCUUCUACCUCUUCUUCUCUGCAAGUGGAUUCUCUUGAGAGCAGCGAGAAUCUGGCCAAGAAACUCAAACCAUCUCAGAAAGAGGAGGAUGAAGAGGAGAAGGAGAGGAUAGAUGGAACAGAGCAGAUAAAUGGAGAAGAGGCCAUGCCAGUGCUUUCCGUGCCCUAUGUCCUCAGCUCAGUGGUGAUCCAUUCUGGUAUGUCAUCCGAGAGUGGCCACUACUACUCUUACGGCCGUAACAUCAGCGGAGCAGAUGGAGCGCAGCAUCCGGCCAAUCACUUUGUCCUCGAGGAGGACGUGGGGAAUGGCCAGUCCGAGGGAAGCCUCGGCACUUGCUCCGCUCUCUCAAUUCCUACUGGACAAGGAGACACAGUCCCCGAUGGUAUCCAGGAGGCGAGGGAUUGGCUGCUGUUCAAUGACAGCAGAGUGACAUUCACAUCCUUCCAAUCGGUGCAAAACAUUACUAAUCGCUUCCCCAAGGACACAGCUUAUGUGCUUAUGUACAGAAAACAGGCGCUACAAGGGCAGGACGCAAAUGGGGGACUCAAUGGAAUGAGAUUGAGUGCUGAGCCUCCACUGCAGAAAGAGCUGCUGGAUGCUAUUAUCAAGGACAAUAAGCUGUUUUUACAGGAACAGGAGCUCAAUGCUCGGACCCAGGCUCUCCAGGCCCCUUCAUCUUCCUGUUCAUUCAGGCCCAACGGUUCAGAUGACAAUAACCCACCAGGGAGCUGUGGCCCAUCUGGAGGAGGAGGAGGCGGAGGAGGGGGAGGGGGUUUCAAUACCAUUAGCAGACUGGUAUUCUGAACGAAAUAAACGCUGCAGGAAACCUGCACAAACUGGCACUAAGGGAGUCCUGGCCUGUCAGACAAGAGCCUGAACUGUCAUACCACAGAUGUGCACAUAACCUCAGAGAAAGCGGCACUGAAAUGAUCUAAGAACACACAAACAUACAUUGAGUACAUGUACUUGUUCUGAAACUAGAUUUGAUUAUGACUUCAAUAGUUUUUACACCACUGUACCGCAAGUCAACGUUUAACUAUGUUUGUAUUUAUUUUGUUUUUUUGUGAUUUCAGUAUUGUAAUCUUGAAUUGAUCCUACAGAUUCAAACCGAGGUAGAAAACACCCAUUGGUGCGAGUGUGUUCUCUCCCUAAAAUGAAAGUAAUACGGUGAAGCAUAAAUUGAUAUUAUAGAAGUAACUUAAAUAACCGUGAGUUUCCUGAUGACCGUUUCCAUUUUACUUUGAUUAAACUGUAAAAUGUGUCUGGAA